CACCUCGUCGUCUCCACUCUCCCUCCCGCAUCCAUGGCGGCCUCCUCCGCCCGCCUCCUCGCCGCCGCCGCGGCGGCGCACCGCCGGGCCGCUUCCGCCACCUUCCGCCACGCCCCUGCCGUCUCCUCCUCCCUCUCAUUCCCUCCCAGCCCGCACCACCGCCCGUCGCUCCGCGGCCGAGCUGGCGUCUCCUUCUCCUCUACCUCUGUAUCCCUCCCCUCCUCCGGCGCCCCGCACGCCUCCGUCCCCUUCAACCUCUUCCCUUCCGACUCCGACCCCUUCAUACAGUGGGACCCGCCCCCGCCCGACGCCGCCUCGCCGCUCGGCGCCGGCGCGGCCGGCCGCGGCGCCCGCGAGGGGCCCACGCUGGUCGUGCUCCUCGGGUGGCUCGGCGCGCGGCAGAAGCACCUGCGGAGGUACGCCGACCUGUACCGCGACCGCGGGGUCGGGUCGGUGCGGUUCGUCGUGCCCGUGCGCGAGCUGCUCGGGCUCGACCUCGGCCGCCGCGUCGAGCGCAGGGUCGCCGACCUCGCCGCCGAGAUCGCCGCCUGGUGCGAGGCCGACCACCGCCGCACGCUCCUCUUCCACACGUUCAGCAACACCGGAUGGCUCGCAUAUGGUGCUAUACUUGAGAAUCUACAAUCAAGAGCUGAUAUAAUUGAGAGGAUACGGGGGUGUAUUGUAGAUUCUGCACCAGUUUUGGAGAUAAGACCAGAGGUCUGGGCUGCUGGAUUCUCUGCUGCCAUGCUGAAGAAAAGCAGUUCCACGACAGGACCUUCAGCUGAGUCUCAGGAUGGAUAUACUUCAAAUGGCACCUUGAACAACCUUAGCUCUGAUGUGGCAAGACCAACAUGGGGUGAAAAUAUCCUCCUAUCUACUCUACAGAAAUUUUUCGAGAUUGUCCUUCACCUACCUGAUGUAAACAAGAGACUAGAAAAGGUUCAUUCGGUUCUUUCAGAGAAGCAGCCUUCCUGCCCCCAGUUUUACCUGUACAGCUCAGCAGAUAGAGUAAUACCUGCUGAAUGUGUAGAGAGCUUCAUCGACAUGCAGAAAUCACAAGGGCAGAGCGUAUUCGCCCACAAUUUUGUGUCAUCCCCACAUGUGGACCACUACAGGAGCUUCCCUCAUGUCUACGCAGCAAAGAUCAACGAGUUCCUGAAGAUUUGCUCGGUAGCUAGAGUAUGAUCAUUUUUUGACCGGCAGGUAUUGUUUCGAGACAUAGCCCAUAAGCACUGCUCUAUUACUUACCUUGAGAGAUAUAUGAUUCAUGGAAAUUAUUUACCCAUUGGAGCUCCUGAAUGAUUUGCACCCAUUCAUGAAAAAGAAAAAAAAAUGAAAUCUUGAAGAAAGUUGUCGCUUAAACUAGAUUCUUCAGCUCUUAUCAUUUGCUUCGAUGACCUUAGACACUACUAGUUGCAGUGUAAUCUGUUGGCGAGCUCUAGAUCGCCGCAAGUUUAGUCAUCUGUGCUUGUCAAGUGACCAUAGCAUGAGCCUGUGUAUUCUAGUUGCAUCCAGGAUGGGAACAGCCUGUAGCUGUCAUAACCCCGAGCCUCUGUCACGUUGUGCUUGUGAGUUGUAAAUAUUCUCUCUCGCCCUAAUAAUGUUAUCAGUACAGUAGCAGUUAUCGUAAGCUUAUUGAUCGACUGGACACAAUUUUUUUUACCCUUGUGCAUAUGUUUAGACAAAAAAUAGUGCCGAUUGCUUUUUUAGGUACUCUACAAUAUGCACAUUCUUCCUAGCAGCAACUCGAUAGCUAUGAUACUACUUGGAAGACAUUUUUGUUGUUCUGUCACAGCUCUACAAAGCAGGUCAUCUAUUUUUAGCAGGCAUAGGAAACACAUGAUCUCAAUGAGCGUGUGCACGAGUAUGUAGUCUCUAGUGUAAACUUCACCAGAAAUGUUAAUAAAUGUUUAAAUGGGUGGUUUUGGCCAU